AUGCUGCCCGGAGUGGGCGUGUUCGGCACCAGCCUCACGGCCAGGGUCAUCAUCCCACUCCUGAAGGACGAGGGCUUUGCGGUGAAGGCACUGUGGGGCCGGACGCAGGAAGAAGCCGAGGAGCUGGCCAAGGAGAUGAGCGUUCCUUUCUACACCAGUCGCAUCGACGAGGUGCUGCUGCACCAGGAUGUGGACUUGGUCUGCAUCAACCUGCCUCCUCCUCUCACCCGGCAAAUCGCGGUCAAGACCCUAGGUAUUGGAAAGAACGUCAUCUGUGACCGAACAGCUACACCCCUGGAUGCCUUCCGGAUGAUGUCAGCUGCCCACUACUACCCCAAACUCAUGAGCAUUAUGGGCAACGUCCUGCGUUUCCUGCCUGCCUUCGUGCGUAUGAAACAGCUCAUCCAAGAAGGCUAUGUAGGGGACCUGCUGGUAUGUGAGGUACAGGUGCACAGCGGGAGCCUCCUGGGCAAGAAGUACAAUUGGAGUUGUGAUGACCUGAUGGGAGGUGGGGGCCUGCACUCCGUGGGCACCUACAUCAUUGACCUGCUGACCUUCCUCACCAGCCAGAAGGCAGUGAAAGUUCAUGGGCUACUCAAAACCUUUGUGAAGCAGACGGACCACAUCAAGGGCAUCCGCCAGAUCACCAGCGAUGACUUCUGCACCUUCCAGAUGGUGUUGGAGGGUGGUGUGUGCUGUACUGUAACCCUCAAUUUUAAUGUGCCGGGGGAAUUCAAGCAGGACAUCAUCGUGGUGGGUUCUGCGGGGCGGCUGAUGGCAGCUGGCACGGAUCUCUAUGGCCAACGGAACAGUGCCCCUCAGCAGGAACUUCUGCUCCAGGAUGCUACUCCCGUUAGCAACUCCCUGCUGCCAGAGAAGGCCUUUAGUGAUAUCCCCUCACCCUACCUACGGGGUACCAUUAAGAUGAUGCAGGCAGUGCGACAAGCCUUCCAGGACCAGGAAGACAGGCGGACCUGGGAUGGGCGGCCCCUCACCAUGGCCGCCACCUUUGAUGACUGCCUCUAUGCUCUGUGUGUUGUAGACACCAUCAAACGGUCCAGCCAAACAGGGGAGUGGCAGAAUAUCACCAUCAUGACUGAGGAGCCAGAGCUGAGCCCUGCCUACCUGAUCAGCGAGGCCAUGCGCAGGAGCAGGAUGUCUCUAUACUGCUAGCGUGGGUUAGGGACAAUGUUGACCAUAGGAAAUUUGGGGAUGGUAGGGGGGAAGUGACACAGGGGAGGUGGAGAAAGAAUGCAGCUGAAUGCUUUUGGUGGGUGGAGGAAAUGAAACCCUUUCUUUGCUGCAAAAAACAAAAACCUAAGGGUUUGUGGGGAGUGGAUCCCCAACAGGAUUCUUUGUGGGCAUGAACUAACCCACAUGAGGAUGCAGAAUCCUCUGGGCUGCCCUUGGCUGGUCAGCAGCCAGUAGUGCUAGCUGGCUGAGUUCAAGGUAGAAAUUUCUAUGUGUUUUAUCUGCCUCUUUUGCAUUUACUGUGAAAGGUAGAGGGCUUUUUUUUUUAACCCUUCCUGCCCUCUCUCUGCAUCACAUGUGGCUCUACACCCUACAUAUACAUCCAUCCCAACUUUCCUCCCAAGCCACAUGGUGCUGGUACAUCAGGCUGCAUUCAAUGGCUAGCUCUGUUUGCUGCUGGCAUGAAUGACCUUCCCAAUACCCAAUUCUGGCACCAUGCAGUCCUGCAAUCUCAUAUCUCCACAUAUGCCCAUUUUCUCCAGAGGAAAAGGAUGAGUAGAAUGUGUGUGUGUGUGUGUGUGUGCGCGUGUGCGUGUGCGUGUGUGUCUGUGCAGUAGAUGGGUGUGAGAGGAUUGUCAAGUGUGAUGAUUUGGAGCCUGGGCAGCCACUUUUUCAGACUAUAGUGUUUGAAUGAGAAAGCAUCCUAAACCUUAUUCUAUAGGGAAGAAUAUAGCUUUUCUGGGUGACACAGUCCCCCCUUCUACUUGCUGUCUAUUUCCUGUCCCUCUCUUCUCUUGCAGGUUGGCAGUGAGGGGCUUUCCAAAAAUUGGCCAGCACCAAUUGGUCUCCCUUUCCCCCCCACAUUACUUUGAUUAGGAUAGCUUGAUGAGAAGCUGAAAGAAGAGUUCCCUUUGACAUUUUUUCUUUACAAAGUUGGGUUAGGAUAUAGUGUUAGAAUUGAAGAAACCACUUGAAUCUGUUAAUAGGUUGAAUAACCAUACUGAAACCUCACUAUAACACUCAUUAGAUUUUUGUAUGAGGUUGGAUUAGGGUUUAUGGAUAAGUUACUGCAAUAUGGUUUUGUCUGCCAAAGUGAUUGCACAGCCCAAACCUCAGGUGCAUGCAAUAUUACAGAAGAUAGCACCCAGUGAGGUCCAGUUUUACUCAGACGACAGCCCUAUCUUCUCUUGGUACAGAAUGAGCAAAAGCAUAUGACUUGACAUCAUUGGUAUAACAGCCCAGACUGAAGUUAAAGCUCACAAUAGUUUUGGAAUUGCCUUGAACUGUAUUAAAUCUCUUUUUCUUCACCUGGAAACCAGAACAGUUGCUCAGAUUUUUUUUCAGUAGGUUUGAAAGGGAAAGAGCUGGUUAGUGCCUCAUAUCUCUCAAAAAAGAAUCCUUUCUUUCCUGCCUCCUUAGAGAAGUAAGGGUCAUCUGACUUGCCUUUGUUCCCAGGAUCUAGGUCAGCUGCCUAAUGGAUUUUGGGUAUGACCUUUUAAAAAUGAAAUCAAAGGGCAUAAUUUUCAAGGUUUUCUUGGUUUGAUGGGAUUUGGAUCCUUCUGUUUAUUACUACUCCUAUAAAAUUACCCUGCCUUGGACAAGUCCCUUAGCCUCUCUAUGCCUCAGUUUCCUACUCUGUAAAAGGAGGGGAUUGGACAAGAUGAUUUCUAUGGUACCUUCUAACUCUAAAUCUGUGAUUUCGUGAUUUUCUGGGUUAAAGGUAGAAAGUCAUAGAAAAUGUGUUGCUCCCCUGUCUGUCACAUACCCAUGCCGAGAGAAGAAAGCUGACUUCAAUGGGGAUGGCAAGAACUUUGAGCUACUUUUCAGUUGACUGAAAUAGAAUGAGAAAAAACAUCUAAAAGGCAUCUGGUAUAGUCUACUGCCACUGGGCAGGUACAUGUCUAUAAUGAAUGGGAUCAUUAGCUUCUUUUUUCUUCCUUCCCUCCCCACCACUGAAAUAUACUGUGGGUCCCUGGGCUACUACAGUAUAUUCAAUUUUUUAAAAAAUAAAUUGAAAUGCUACUGGAAAUGUUCUGCUGUUUCCAAUGAAAAGAAUUAAAUUUAAGAACCAUCAAGGUUGAAACAAUUCACCCUCUCUGCUGGGGAGUUUAACUGGAGUAUCCUAUACAUUUUGAUCACCGACCUAAAGCUAUUACCUAAGGAGUUCCAGCCUCUUCCUUCAGUAGAUUCAACGUGAGAAAAUUGGUAGGAUUUAAAAGUCUCCUUGGAAUCACCUUAAACUUCUUCAGGAGCUCCAUUCCUUUGAAGUAUUCGCCUGCAGCAGGACCUCCCAUUCCUCUUUUCCUAGGUUUCAGGGCUAGAUGGGGUGCUUACAUUUGGGUAAACAGAUUCUGUGGGUCCUGAGUGAAAAAGAAUUUAAAUCCUAGCCUGUUUGAAAAGAAAUGGUUGUCAGCAGGAAGAGAGAGAGAGAAAGUCAGAUUAGACUCCUCUCUUUGUUUCAAAACUCCAAGUCACAUGCUAAAAUUAGGAAAAUCCUUGGCAACUCACCAUAACACUAGGGAGAUAUUUUCAAAGACUUUAUGGCAGAAAUUCAGAGUCCUUUUUGGUAGACUGUGAGUGCCCCUUUGAAGAUGGGAUGUGGAUGGAAUGUGUAUUUCCUAGUUAGGAAAAAACACAGAAAUCAACAUUUUCACCAAGGAAACCCCAAAGAAUGGCUCCUGGAAUGCCUCUGAUGCAGGUACAGGAAAGAGAAAUGACUAAAAGUAGUAUGGUUCUCAUAGUUAAAAAGUCAGAGUAAAAUCCAACAUGACUCAGUUCUUGGGUCUUAACUUCUGCCACAGUGACAACAGACCCAGAGUCUUCACAGAUGGAGAGGAAAUAAGCAUUUCUUUUAAAAAGAUUUGCAUGGUUAUCUUUUGUUUUUAUGUUGCCUAGAUUUCUCCCUAUAUUCCUCUUCCUCCUUCUCCCAGAGGGCUAUCUCUCAUAAUGAUGAUUUUUUUUAAUAAAGGAAAAGAGGAAGAGGAAAAGAAAUCAGUAAAACAGAUCAAUAUUUUUUAAAAUUCCGAUGUUGUAUGUGAAGUUCCACACCACGGAUAUCAACCUCUUACAAAGAAGCUGGGGGAGGUCUCUUCCCAUAUAGCUAAAUUCCCUGGCAGGCUGGGGAUAGAACCCCACAGGCAACAGGGCCAUCUACUAAUCCUGGAUAGCUCCAGCAGUUGCUGACCCACUUUUGGCUGCUUGCAGUGAUACCGGGGGAAGGAGGCUGCCCUUUCACUUUGCUUAAAACUCUGCUCCCUAUUACUCUGUUGAUUUGCCCCAUCAUUGUCUGUGCCCCUGCCCAGUUAAGACCUGUGGGAUAAUACCAAAGAUUUCAUCUCCAGUUAUUUUAUGGGAGGAGAGAUGAGAUUCUUCCACAGUGACUUCAUUAAAGCACCUAUGCAUUUAUAGGCUGGAUGCAGAAUUCCUUUACUGAGGCUAGUCCUGCUAGCUCCAAGCUCAAGAUGACCUCCCUGAGGGGAGAUCCCAGAAUGCCAGUUGGAAGGAACUUCACUGCAUCCAAACCACACUCAAGCUGAAAUUCCUUCUAUAACAUCCACAAGUAGCUUUUCAGCCUCUACUUGAAGACAUCCAGAAAUGGAGAACUCACUACCUCCUAACCCAGCCAAUUUUAUUUUUAGACAGCAAUAAGUAAUAGGCAUUCUUCCCUUGGAUUGAAAUCUUAAAGCUUUCUCUUUAUACUACUCUCUGCCCAUUGCUUCUAGCUCUGUGAUCCAUCCCUUCCCUUUCCCCACUUUUUCUUCAACCAAAUCCUGUGGCAUGAUUUUGAGUCCCUUUAACACCCUGGUUACUCUUUCCUGGGUGUGAUCCAGGCUGUCAAUAUCAUUCCUAAAAUGUGACACUUCUCGAUAACAAUACUCCAGAUAAGAUCUGACUAGAGCAAGCAUCACCCGUCUUGUCCAAACACCCAUAUUUCUAUUAAUAUGGCAGAAGGUUACAUCACUUUUUUUGGUUGUCAUGUCACAGUGUUGACUCAUUGAGUUUGUGGCAAAUAAAAAUACCCACAUCUUUUUCCCAUAUGAGUUAUUGUCUAGCCAUCUUAGAGACCCAUGCAAAUGAAUUUUUGAACCCAAAUGUAGGUACAUUUAUUUAUCACCAUGGAAUUUUCUGUUAAUUAAUUUGGCCCAUUGCUCAAGCUUAUCAGGAUCUUUUUGGAUCUAAUGUAUUUUCUACUUCCUUCAACUUCAUACCAUAUGAAAAUUUGAUAUAUAACAUCUAUGUUUUCAUUCAGGUCACGGAUUUUUAAAAAAUGUUAACUAGAGUAGGACCAAGGACAGAGCCAUGGAAUGCUACUGAAGACCUCCAUGAUCUGCUGGUCAUCACUUUUGGGCUUCAGCCUUUACCCAGGUAUCCAGAUAGUUGACUCUCAGCCAAGAUCUCUCUGCCUUGUCUCAAGGAUAUCACAAGAGGCUUUGCCAAAUGUCUUGCUAGACUCAAUGAGAUAACAGCUAUAAAGAGCAAAGCAAAACUUAUAGUACCAUCUAAAUGCUAGACAUUAAAUUAUUAUUGUCUAGGACCUUCUACUGAACUACCAGUUGAAUAACCAAAAAGGGCUAUGAGGUUAGUCUUCCCCGACUUGAUCUUAAUGGACCUUUGCUGCCUUUUAGUGAUUGCUCUUCUCUAAGUUCUCAGAUCAAUUCAUUUCUAUACUCUGUAGGAGACAACCCUCCAUUUGGGAUACUUGACCUUUUGGAACAUUGCUAGCAGUGAAGAGGGCAGAUGUGGCAUCAUCAACCCAGAACUGGAAAAGAUAUAGGAAGCCAAUCAGUAUAACCCCCUCCUUUGACAGAUGAGGAAACUGAGGGUAAAUAAUUUGUUCAAUGUCCACAGGUAGUAAGUGGUAGAGAUGGGGUUUGGGCUUGGGGUCUCUGAUUCCACAUUCCAUGCUCUUUCCAUUGUAUUAUGAUGCCUCUCAAGAAUGUGGUCCUUUUAUCCUUGGCUUCAUUUAUUGGAGCAAGCAUCACUCUCUUCCUCCAGUGACUUGAUGAGAAUAUUUUCCUGCCUGUUCAUAUCUGAGUGAUUAAGGCUUCUCUGUACUAUCAGUGACACCCAACCUCCUGUUUUAUAGGAUGCAGCACUUGAGUUUAGGCCAGAUGAUUAUUGAACUGCAAAAAGAAGUCAAUUUUUUCCUCCUUUGAGAACAGAAAUGUCACUCCCUUUAAAAUCUUACUUUCUGAGUUAAUUUUGAUUGCAGGUGAUACAAGAAACCACAGAGCUAGGCAUUUUUGAAAGACCCAAGAUUGGCUUAUUGGAUUCUUUUUCAUCUCUGGCUUGCUCUGGACCAAGUAUAAUAGAAAAAAAGAUCUUGUCUCAGUGAAUGGUAUUUUUUGUAUUCACCUGUAUAUGUACCCAGAAGCCUUAGUUCUGGGGAGCUUUGAGUUCAUUGUACUGCCUUACCCUGAAUCUUAUCACAAAAUUGUAGCAUAAGGUUCUAACCAGCAGCUGUGUUCUAGGCUGAUGUUCAGCAGGGCUUAAACCAAGUGAGAUCUCUCACAAGGUGGGAUCAUAGACUGUUAGAGUUGGAAGAGACCUUUAAGUUCAUUUAACCUUUCAUUUUACAGAUGAAAAAAACUGAGGCUUAAGCAAAUGAAGUAAUUUACCCAAGUUUGCAAAACUUAAUAGUAUCAGGACUGACACUGGAACUCAGCUCUGACAAUUUUGAAUCCAGAGUUCUUUGAGGUCUAAUUUUGCUUUCUCUGAUCUGGUGUUUUUGAAUAGUCAUGGGGUUGAAGAGGGUGGUGGUGGUGACCACCUGGGGAGAAGGUAAACCUAACUUCACAGAGAAGGAGAAAAAAAAGAUAUAUUUGUAUCAUAGUCAUGAAAUCAUCACUGAAAAGGAUCCCCUUCCAAGUUCAAGAUCAAGAAAUUGAGCACUUGGGGGCAGCUAGGUGGUGCAGUGGAUAAAGCACAGACUGUGGAUUCAGGAGGACCCGAGUUCAAAUUUGACCUCAUACACUUGACACUAGCUGUGUGACCCUGGGCAAGUCACUUAACCCUCAUUGCCUCGGGAAAAAAAAGCACUAGAAAAGGAAAAUGACUUGCCCAAGGUCACUUAGAUUUUGAGUGACAAAGUCAGAAUUAGAACCCAAGGUUCUGGUCUUCCUGUCCUAUCCCUUUCACUAUAUCAUUCUGCUUCUUUAAAAAGUUAGCUAAAUAAUCCUCUAUAAUGGUAGCUUUAGAACUGAAAGGAAGCUGAGAGGCCAGCUGUAUCAACCUCUUCAAUUUGUAAAUGAGGAAACUGAGCCCCAGGGAAAUUGAGUGAUUUGUCCAAGGUCACAUAGGUAGUAAAUUGGAGGUAGGGAUUGCACUCAGAAUUUUGGACUGCAGAAUUAAUGCAUUUCCACUGCACCAAACUGGAGUCCUUGCUAACAGUCCUGAUUCCAUUCCCUACUCCACCCCCCACCCCUUACUGAAUAAGGGUGUGUGUGGGUGGGUGGGUGUGUGUGUGUGUAUGUAUACACACACACACACACACAAUUUUUCCUUUUAACUUUCAAAGCUAUGAAAUUUAAGGCCCAGGUAGUGGACUGCCCUGGAAUUCAUGCUUGCAUUCUAUAUUUUUACAUUGAAUGUUCCCCCACUUUUUAAAGUCCAUAACUCAAAAUGUCAUCUUUCUUUUAUACUUAUUAUACUUAUUCCCCCCCCCUCCAGGAUAUAAGGAGCAGUGAAAUAAAAUAUCUAUAGAUUUUUAUAGUAAGAUCCCAUAGGGGCAUGAUCAUUCCAUAAUGUGGAACUAGACUUUUUUGUUCCCCACACACCUAGAAAGGUACACAGGUCCCAGGGAGAAUGAGCUGAUUUUCACCACCCUAGCACUUCAGUACUGAUAGAUGGGCUUUGUCACCUUUCAAGGACAGACUAGAGGGAGUGUGGCCACCAUUAAUAUUAGUAGGAGCGAUUUCAUUUGUUUAAAAAGAAAUGAGGAUGGGGCAGCUAGGUGGCACAGUGGAUAAAGCACCAGCCCUGGAUUCAGGAGGACCUGAGUUCAAAUCCAGCCUCAGACGCUUGACACUUACUCGCUAUGUGACCCUGGGCAAGUCACUUAACCCUCAUUGCCCUGCCAAAAAAAAAAAAAAGAAGAAGAAGAAGAAAGAAAGAAAUGAGGACAAUGAGGGGGAGGGGGCUCUGAAAAUUAAGUUAGCAUUACAUCUUAAGUGAUUAAGUUCAUUGGACUGGAGAUGUGAGAAGCAAGGAGACCUGCUCUCUCCCAAAUGGGUUAGCUUUCCAUUGUAGGGAAUAACCCUGUCCUCUCUUCUGUUGAAGUUACAGUUCAAGAUAGUACACUCUGGAAAUUCCUAUAUCUGUUGUAUUUUCCUUCUCUUGUCCCACUUUCCACCAAUCUCCUGACUCCCUGAAUAAAGGGUAAUAAGAAUAUGGUGCAUGCUGUGGCUUGAGGUGGGGGUGGGGGGGUUUGGGAGUGUUGGUGUAGUAACGGAAAGGGCUGAGCAGAUGUAGACAAUCUCAAAAACAAUUGCAUCCAGGAGUUUGGGGUUUUGACUCAGCUGCCCUUCUCCUCAGUCCACUCUUCUGCUGAUCUCUCUAGAUGACCUUCUUAGCCCUUCCUCUCUCCACCCUCUCCAGCCCAACCAUAGAGCUAAGCUGCAGAAUGAGUCAGCUGCCCUCAAUCCUUAGCCUUGCUCCAAAGCUGCCUUUAGUUCCAGGUUUGGCCCAGUGGGCAGGAUGAGAGAUUUCUGAUACGGAAGCUAGUCCCCCAUGAAGGGAAUUCAAUAAGAGCAAGUGACCCCACAAGCCCCUUUACCUUCACAUCUAAGUCAUUAACGUGCCCAGUGCCUUGUCCUGGGGAAGGACUGAGCCCCUUGCAGGUUUUCAUUCUUGAAUGCUGCCUGGGGCUUUUCCAGUACUGCCUUUGGUUUGUUUUGUUUUCAUUUCUUUCCUUACCAACAAACCUCGCAUUCAUUUUGUUGCUGUAUCGAUGUGAAGUAUGUAUUUAUUGUGUUUUACAUAUAUGUGUACAAAUACAAACAUAUAUAUAUAUGAGAAAAAUGUCAACGCAUGAACAUAUGUACAGUAGAUAUUUUAAAGAGCUAUUUAUCAAAAAAUAUGUGUGUUAUAAAGUAAACAGAGUCUAUAUUUUAUAUAUGAUGUAGAUAGCAAAAAAAAUAGCAUUUAAGUUAUAGAAGGAUUUUUUUUUCUUUUGGUAGAAAAAAAAAAGGACAAUGAAUGUGUUUUGAGUCUAUGCGCUGUGAUCCUCAUGUUUUAGCAGGCCAACUGCUUGGUGAGGAAGCUUUUCUGCUCUACCUGGCCUCUUAGGGCCCACUUGCUUUGCUCCUAGGAGGGGCUCCCUUGGCACUGCCCUGGGGAAUGUUGUUUGCCUCACUCGGCCACCUGGUAUGUGAUGCAUAAAACAUGGUUUCCGGCUGUUCUACAUGUUUGUAUUGAUGGGAUAAAGGAACUCAAAGUGGCAAAUAAAGACAUAAAA